AUAUUGUAUAUAUUCAAUUGGAAUAUUCUAUUGAUUUAGAUUUUAAGCUUAACCGCCUAUUUCUAAAAUUUAGUUAUCAUCUGAAUGAAGACACUCAAGAAGAAAUGUCAAACGCAGGAGAAACUACGUUUAUAGAAGGUACGGAGAAACCAAAUUCAGCUUCGAUUGAGGAAAUCGAGAACGGAUCGGAUCAAGAACAAUCGAAACCUGCUGCUGUAGAAUCUCAAAUCCAAAGUACUAUUAAUACAGCGCACAGCAUGACCGUUGUAAAGCUUGUUGGAAAUGAUGGGAGAAAUGCAACAAUUCAGUGGGAAGCUCUUGAUCCUGAACCUUCUUAUUACGAGGUGAUCUGGUUUUGCAAUGGGAUCAGACAUGAGAGAAAAAUCGAUAAAAAGGAAUUUGUUUUGAAGAUAUGGAGCCAGAAUGCACAUAUAGUGUAAAGGUUAGAGCUGAAAGCGGAAUCACGUCCAGUUUUUUAACAAUAAAAUCUAGACCUUUGCCUCCACAAAAUGUUACUGUAAAACAUAAUGAACGUUGCCCAAGUAAUUCAAUUGUAGUAAACUUUGACAGCAAUGGUUCAAAACAGUACAGAGUUACUUUAUGUGACUCAACUGGGAUUUUGGAAUUUAAGGAAGGCAGUAAGAAUUUCUACACAUUUCACGGCCUCAAACCAGGAAAUGCAUAUGAAGUGUAUGUACAAUCCAGGGCUGAGGGGGAACCUGAUCCAAUUUUUAGCAACCAGGCCUACGCUCCGAGAGACAUUGUUACAUACCCGGAUAAUCCAACAAAUCUCCAGGAAACUAAUCAACCUAAAAAAAUAAAAUGGAAUGAGGCUGAUGGUGCCACUGAAUAUGAAGUUGAAGUGAGUUGUGGAAUAGAGCAGCCGCAGAAUUACAAAACCUCAGACACAAGCAUGGUGGUGCCGAAUUUGAUGCCUGGGCAAACAUACAAUGUUCGAGUAGCUGGAAAAAAUUUAGCAGGAAUUAGUGGAUAUUCAAACACUAUUGAAAUAAAAACAGAGCCAAAGGCUCCUGAACAAGUCAGAGCCCAGCCGAUGCGAAGUUCUCCUCAUGAUGCCUUGAUCGUAUCAUUUGAUGCAGAGGACCAACCUGAUCAAAGGUUUAAAGUUUUCGCUCAUCCUCUGGGUGACAUAAACGUUCCUGUACCCACUGAGACAGGAACCUUCCACGCAGUACUGAAAGAUCUGAAACCUGGAGAAACUUAUGAGAUAUGUGUUGUCGCGGAACGUAAUGGUCAGCAUAGCAAAAGAGCAAUCUGCCCAAUCUUGGUCCAGACAUACCCUGGGAAACCGGGAGGUGUAGAUUAUGAAAUGAUCAAUGGGCGACUCAACAUUAAAUGGGACGAACUUGCAAUCAAGCCUACACGAUACAGAGUUAACAUCAAAGUUAAUGGUCAGACAAAAUCAGAACAAACGACUACUGAUAACAGUUUAACAAUAACAGGAAUCGCUGCUUCUAGCACCUAUCAAAUAAAAGUUGCUGCAGAAAAUGAAGCAGGAUGUGGUGUAUUUUCUGAUGAAGUUGAAGUUAAAACAGAUCCCUCACCACCAACAAGGGUACGCGUGACCCACAAUAUGGCAGACCCAAAACGUAGCUUCCAAAUUAUGAUUGAGGACUCAGACAAGGCCGACAAACAGUACCAAAUCGUGGCUCGUCCAGCAGAAGGAGAUGAUACAGUAAUGACAACUAAGCAAAAGUUCUGCAUUCUCUCUGGACUUCAACCUGGACAAAACUACGCUGUAUUUGUAAUAUCACAAAUGGGCGAUGAAAGAGUUAGUCAGCCGGUGUAUGGAAUUCCACAAAGAAGAAACCCACAAUUUGAAUAAUCUACGACGCAGCAAAGAUCGAAAAUUGUGAACACACAGAAGUUUCUGUCAAAUAUGAAUCAACCCGCUUUAAACUAUUUUUUAUGAUAGAUAUCUAAUAGAUCUCAUAGAUAUCUAAUUUUUGUUGCAGAUCAAAU